AUUUUAGUCUGUCCAGGUAUUUCGUACCGUUUGGUUUAAUUUUCAUUGGUCUUUGUUCGCUGAUUAUAUCAAAUAUCGAACGUCUUACGAAAUAAAUAAUUUUUUAAAUGUAAGAAUCAACGUAUAUUCAUAUACGUCAUAGAAGUGGCUUUUAUUUCUUACCAUUGUCGCGCUAAGGUUAAAGGAUUCGUGAAGCUUUACAAAUCUGGAAAGUCCUCAAAAAAGAUGAUAACUUUUAUUAAUCAUCUCUACAAUCAAUAUUAUUAUAUUAUUGAUUAUAAAGCAGAUCCUAGAACAAAAGAUUGGUUAUUCGUGGGAUCAUUUUGGUAUCUUUUCGGCAUCAUAGGAAUUUAUUUCCAAUUUAUUUACGUAAGCGGACCCGCAUUCAUGAAAAAAAGAAAACCUUUUGAGUUGAACAAGAUCCUACAGCUGUAUAAUGUUAUACAAAUCAUAUUAAAUGGAUAUAUUUUUGUUAUGGGCAUUUCAAUAGGAUUGAUAACGAAAUCGAAAUUUAUUUGCUUGCCUAUUGACUAUUCGAAUGAUCAACAGGCCUUACAGGUGGCAUUUCUAGUUUGGUUGUAUUACAUAAUCAAGAUAUUUGAUCUUCUGAACACAAUAUUCUUCGUAUUACGGAAGAAGCAGAAUCAAGUAACGUUCCUACAUACUUAUCAUCAUAUUGGAAUGGUAAUUGUAACAUGGAUAGGCGUAAGAUACUUGGCUGGUGGACAAGGCCUAUAUUUAGGUUUCUAUAAUUCGUUCGUUCACAUAAUUAUGUACACUUAUUAUCUAUGGACAUCGUUAAAGCUUGGUAAAGCAUGGUGGAAGAAAUACAUUACUCAAUUACAACUCCUACAAUUUGUUAUAAUAUUGUUACAAUUUUCAUUGGCUAUUUUUACCAAGGAUUGCGGUUAUCCCAAGUUGCCAAUAUUAUUGUUCAUGCCGCAGAUUAUCUUUAUCAUAGUACUAUUUGCAGACUUUUAUUACAAGAGGUAUAUAAAAAAGUAAUCAUUUCAAAUUAAUAGAAACGGCGUCUCGACUAUAAUGGAUUAAAGUGGUGUUAAACUGUCGAACGGAAAAUCAAAGACUUCCGAAAAUUUGACAAAAUCUUCAUAAAAUUUUUUUCGAAAAUUUUUGCCGCCAGGCGAACAUACCGUUUCUAAUUCGUACGUGCUUAGAAUAUAUAAUACGAUUCUUUUGAAAUAUACGAUCGAUGCAACAUUAACAGUCAGUAGCCCAUGACAAAAAAGCUUUAGCUAUUGAAAUUAUUGAAUCGAAAGAAGAACAAUAAAGUAAAUUUAUUUUGUUUUAUUAUUAUAUCCAUGAAGCAAUUAACUUCGCCAAAAGUUAAGAGAUUCUAUAGCACACAUUUCUUUUCUAACAAUUAUACAUUUAUUAGCGAUUUUUGUGUACAUUUUUACAUUAUGGAAGUUCUUCAGUAAAAUACACAUCGCAUUUUAGUCGAGGUGUUAUACUUUUAUCAUAUACGAAAAUUUUUACAGAUAUUAGCUUCUUCUUCUUCUUAUUAUUAUUAUUAUAAGAUUCCCAUCAUCGACUAUUUUAAAUGUUAUCCGAUGAUAUCACAUGCUUAUUCUAGCAUGAUUAUGUUUAGUAAAAACUUAUAAUUACAGUACAAUACAAAUCAAUUCCGAAUUUAUAGCUAAUUUAGAUAAGAGUUCCAGAGUUUAAUUUACCCCGGACUUAUAUAUUUGCAUUCGUUGAAGUCUUGAGAAACUUUUUUAAGAAUUUAGAUUAUUAAUCCUGUAUUUAGAUCUUAAGCCUGCACUUGCCGAUAAAAAUGAAUAUAAGUAGAAUGCUAUGAAGAAUAAAUCUUGGAAUGGA